AUGGAGGGACCCGGGCUGACGCUGGGGCUGCUGGCUAUACUGGUUGUUUGUGGUAGCUGGGGCCUGAACGAAGAGGAGCGGCUAAUUCGGCACCUAUUCGAAGAGAAAGGCUACAACAAGGAGCUCCGGCCAGCACACCAGGGGGAGAGUGUAGAGGUCUCGCUGGCCCUCACACUCUCCAACCUCAUCUCCCUGAAAGAAGUGGAGGAGACCCUCACUACUAACGUGUGGAUUGAGCACGGCUGGACAGACAGCCGGCUGCAGUGGGAUGCUGAAGAAUUUGGGAAUAUCAGUGUCCUGCGCCUGCCCCCUGACAUGCUGUGGCUCCCAGAGAUUGUGCUGGAGAACAACAACGACGGCUCCUUCCAGAUUUCCUACUCCUGCAACGUGCUCAUCUACCCCUCGGGCUAUGUGUACUGGCUGCCACCCGCCAUCUUCCGCUCUUCCUGCCCCAUCUCCGUCACCUACUUCCCCUUUGACUGGCAGAACUGCUCCCUCAAGUUCAGUUCCCUCAAGUACACAGCCAAGGAGAUCACCCUGAGUCUGAAGCAAGAGGAAGAAGAGGGCCGCUUCUACCCUGUGGAGUGGAUCAUCAUUGACCCCGAGGGCUUCACAGAGAAUGGGGAGUGGGAGAUAGUGCACCGGCCAGCCAGGAUCAACAUGGACCUCAGUGUCCCACUGGACAGUCCAGGCCGCCAGGACGUCUCCUUCUACCUCAUCAUCCGCCGCAAGCCCCUCUUCUACGUCAUCAACAUCCUGGUGCCCUGCGUGCUCAUCUCCUUCAUGAUCAACCUGGUCUUCUACCUGCCGGCCGACAGUGGUGAGAAGACGUCGAUGGCCAUCUCAGUGCUCCUGGCUCAGUCUGUCUUCCUGCUGCUCAUCUCCAAGAGGCUGCCAGCCACGUCCAUCGCCAUCCCCCUCAUUGGCAAAUUCCUGCUCUUUGGCAUGGUGUUGGUGACCAUGGUCGUCGUGAUCUGCGUCAUCGUGCUCAACAUCCACUUCCGCACCCCCAGCACGCACGUGCUAUCUGAGGGGGUCAAGAAGCUCUUCCUGGAGACCCUGCCGGAACUCCUACACAUGUCCCGCCCGGCGGAUGAUGGACCUGGUCCAGGGGCUCUGGUCCGGAGGAGCAGCUCCCUGGGCUACAUUUCCAAGGCUGAGGAGUACUUCCUGCUCAAGUCCCGAAGUGACCUCAUGUUUGAGAAGCAGUCCGAGCGCCACGGCCUGGCCCGGCGCCUCACCACCGCACGCCGGCUCCCUGCAGGCUCUGAGCAGGCCCAGCAGGAGCUCUUGAGUGAGCUGAAGCCAGCCGUGGAUGGGGCCAACUUCAUCGUCAGCCACAUGAGGGACCAGAACAAUUACAAUGAGGAGAAGGACUGCUGGAACCGAGUGGCCCGCACAGUGGACCGACUCUGCCUGUUUGUGGUGACGCCCAUCAUGGUGGUGGGCACGGCCUGGAUCUUCCUGCAAGGCGCCUACAACCAGCCUCCACCUCAGCCCUUCCCUGGGGACCCCUUCUCCUACCAUGAGCAGGACAAGCGCUUCAUCUAG